UAUAAUCAGUCUGUAUAUGCAGUAAAGAAUGCUUGUUAUACUCAAUGUGGAACCUAAGGGGCUAAGCCUCCACAUUUUGCAAAAAAUAUGUUAUAUCCUGUCUUCUCUGAUCCUUCCCUUCUUCUACUGUCUCCAAUCCUUCUGCACAUGCUCAGAUAGUUUUUUUUUUUUCCUUGGGAGAGUGAAUUUGAUCAGCACAGGGUCAUUCAGAACUGUCCAGACAGAGGGUCAGGGAUUAUGCAGGCUCAUGGGACAAUCAAGGUAGAAUGAAUACUCUUCCUACAAGCUUUAAUCAGUGCUCUGCUGGACACUGAUAGAAAUGAGAAAAGGUAUUUAGCAGUUUUUAGUUUACUAAAAUAAUUUCAUUUCCAUGUUCUGUGUACUGUGGGAGACCAGAUAUAGUGAAU